ACGGAAAUGUUUAAAACGUGUAAAAUGUGAAAAUAAACUUAAAUUCGUGACAGAGUUUCAGUCAGUUACGGCGCCUCAGUUCCGACCUCAGUGUGACGUCAGCGCGUGAGCUGCUGCAUGAAAUUGGCGCGCGACAUGAUCCACCGUGCAGAGCUGCUGCAAGUUUCAUUUAAUUAUCAUUAAUAAAUCAUCACAAAAUACAUGAAAUAAAAUGGCAAAAGCGAUCUAUCUGGAACAUUACCUGGACAGUAUUGAGGGACUUCCCUUCGAGCUGCAGAGGAACUUCUCACUGAUGACCGAUCUGGACAGCAGGACUGAAGAGAAGAAAGUGGAGAUCGACCGUUUGGCGUCCGAGUACGUCGAGAAGGUGAGGAAGCUCUCCUCUGAGGAGCGUGUGGAACAUCUGAAGAGGAUCGAGGAGGCCUACAGCAAGUGUAAAGAGUUCAGCGAUGAUAAAGUGCAGCUGGCCAUGCAGAUCUACGAGCUGGUGGAUAAACACAUCCGGCGGCUGGACGCUGAUCUGGCGCGCUUCGAGAACGAGCUGAAGGACAAACUGGAGUCCAGCGGUCUGGAGAGCAACGACGACAAGAAAAGUAAAAAGAGGAAGAACCUGAAGGAGAAGCGAGGAGGACGAAGAGAGAAUAAAGGAUCUGAUCCGGACUCCCCCAAACAGAAAAUACCAAAACACAGUGAUGUUCUCCUGGACGUUCACACGUCUGAUGUUCUGGACAUGCCGGUGGAUCCUAAUGAACCCACCUACUGUGUGUGCAGUCAGGUCUCGUACGGUGAGAUGAUCGGCUGUGAUAACGCUGACUGCCCCAUCGAGUGGUUCCACUUCGCCUGUGUCGGACUCACGACUAAACCCAAAGGAAAAUGGUUCUGUCCACGGUGCGUCCAGGACAUGAAGAAGAAAUGAUUUUCUGCACGAUGGCACUUUAUUAAAGCUUUUAUUCAGAUAUUUUCUGAUUCUUUUACACAGUGAUUUUUACCUUCCAAAGAUUUAUUUAUACUGCAGAGACUAUGCAAGCAGCUCAACACCGGGAGUCGACCUGUAGGAUUUUAAUCCGUCUUUAUGUUAUUUUAAAUGUGUUGUAUGAAUAAAGCUGGUCGG